UAAAACCCUGAAAGCUCGAAAAAAAGAGGCGAAGCGCUAAACACAAAACCCUGGCAGGAAUGGAGGACACUCCGGAGAGACUAACAAAGAUAUCGAGGUAGCGCCGGCCCUUAUCGCCGUUCACCCGAUCCAGGAAUUCGUCUCUGUCUCCGUCGGGUUGGACCUCCGCGUCUUCUACUUUCAAACUCCCUCAAUACACAGCUCAUUGAAGUUAUGGCGUAUUCUCAUGAACCUGAUUUCUUGUUCUGCGACCUCUGCGGAACAAUGCUAUCUAUGAAAUCAACGAAGUAUGCUAAAUGUCCUCUGUGCAAGUUUGAGCGUAGUAUGAAAGAGAUUUGUGACAGAGAAAUAUCUUAUGUAAUCACAGCUGAGGAUAUUAGAAUGGAGCUGGGUAUCUCGCUGAUACGUGACCAGGAAGUACAAUUAUCAAAGGUGCAAAAGAAAUGUGAAAAAUGCUAUAAUGAUGAGGCUGAGUAUUGGACUAUGCAGAUGAGAUCAGCGGAUGAAGGGCAGACUACAUUUUAUCGUUGCACCAAAUGCGGCCAUAAGUAUUCAGAGAAUUGAGCUUGUACCAAAUAUGAGAUUUCAGGACAUGCAUGAAUGUGGUUAACCUCUCCUCGGGCAUCAAUGAGAAAUGCCCUUCAUUGAAGUGGCACAGUUCACCUGUUGUGGCCUGCCCUUUCUCUCCCUGAUUACUCUAUGAUCUGUUAAACGUUGCUGUAUAUGAAAAUAUGUUAUUUGGUCA